UAACUGUCAAAGUCAAAUCUUACAGGAAUAGGACUGCGGGAGGAAUGUUUUAUUUGUGUUACUAAAAAUUAUUAAUAAAACACCUUGAUAUAACAAAAUAGUUGAUAUCAAGACUUACUUUUGCAAUGGCAUUAGCUAUUAGAAGGUCAUCGAGUGAGGUUUUUGGAGCAGCGAAAUGGUUCAUAAGAAGAGAUUGUCGUGUCUUAUCAACUGUUCCUGAAAGGGCUGAAGAGAAACCUGUUACCCCGAAGCGUGAAAGACAGGCGGUAUCCCGAGUUCGGGCUAGUGCAAGGAAUCCAAACUUGGGUUUACGGCACGCAUACCCUGAAUUUCUACCUGAUCCCAACCCAAAAUGGAGGAACAGUCUGCGCGAGAAGUUGGAGAGAAGCGAUAUGUUAAAAAGGCGCAGUCAAAUUGAUAUACCUGAGUUUUAUGUUGGUUCAAUCCUAGCUGUGACCAUAGCUGAUCCCCAUGCUCAGGGCAAGACUAACAGAUUUGUUGGUAUUUGCAUUGAGCGCAAAGGAUGUGGAUUGAGGGCCGAGUUUACACUGAGAAAUGUUGUCGAUCAUCAGGGUGUUGAGGUGAGGUAUGACCUCUACGACCCUACAGUGCAAAGCAUUCAAGUUCUUCGCCUCGAGAAGCGGCUGGAUGACAAACUGUUAUACUUGAGAGAUGCUCUGCCUGAAUACAGCACAUUUUCCUUUGACAUGGACCCUGAAAUCUUACCUGAAGGAACACCAGUACCUGUCAACCCUGUGCAGGUAAAACUGAAACCUAGACCUUGGCUAGAGAGAUGGGAGAGACAAGAAUUGAAAGGUGUUGCCAACAUUGAGGAGCAUUUGAAGGAGAAGGAUAGAGUCAGGAGGGAGUUGAGGGCAACACCAUGGGAGAAAUAUGAUUUGAUGAAGCAAUACAGGAAAACAAUACCGAUUGAAGACCAGAAUGAUAUAUGGGCGGAAGUGAACCAUCAACUGAGGCAGCUGCAGCUCACGCGCAAGACUUCUGCAAGGAAACGCACAUUCACUACGCCCAAGCCACAGCUCGGAUAGAAUCUUAGUUUUUAUCGAUUAUGUUCAAAAGUAGUUUAAUAAAGUACAUAAUAUUGUUAAAUAA